AUGGCUAACCCUGAGGAUGCUCAGAAGACGAGGACUAUCGCAAUCAUCACCGUCAGUUCUUGCCUCUUGGUGGCUGUGGUGGUUGCUGUGACGGUUGGGGUCGGCGGCAAGAAAGAAGCCGAGUUAGACAAAGAAACCACGAAUGGGAAUAAAAAUGUUAUCACCUCUUCCUCAAAGAAGGCGGUCCAGUUGAUCUGUGAACCAACGAAGUUCAAGGAUGCAUAUGAAGAACAACUCACGGAAGAAGCCGGAAAUAGGACGGACGUUAAAGACCUGGUUCGAGCAGCGUUUAAGGUAACGAUGAAGCAUGUGAAUCGAGCGGUGGAGAACUCGACGUACCUGAGGGAACUUGAGGAAGAUGACGGGACCAAAAGUGCUUUAGAUGCAUGCAAAAUUCUAUUGCAUGAUACUGUACGCGAACUUGAAAAAUUAUUUGAUGUGGUUGAGGAGGUAGAUGUCAUCAACGUUCAUAAACUGCUGGGUGAUUUGAAGAUUUGGUUGAGUGCUACCAUUGCUUACCAACAAGCUUGUUUAGAUGGGUUCGAAAGAACGAAAUCCAAAACCCAUGCUUCACUCAAAAUCAAGAAGAUUCUCAAUAUCACGAUGCAACUCAGUAGAAAUGGACUUGCAAUCGCAUGUGAAUUAGAAGACCAGCUUCAGCAGUUGCAGGUUGAGGGACUCUUUGAUCGCCGCCGCCGCCGUAUACUCGGAGACGGGGAUCGACUUCCGGUUCUCGGUCAUUUUGAUUGGACUUCGUUUAGAGAAAAGAAUCAGAACUGGAAUCGCUGUCGUCAACUACUACAAAAUGAGGAUAGACUUCCGGUUCUCGGCCAUUCUGAUUCGACUUCGUUUAGAGAAAAGAAUCAAGGAUGGAAUCGUCGUCGGCUACUCCAAGAUAUUGAGCUAAAUAUUCCAGAAAGAGCUCGAAGAAUGUUGUCGGAUGAUUUGAAGCCCGAUCUUGUCGUGGCCAAGGACGGCAGUGGAGACUGCAAAACCCUAAAUGAAGCCAAACAAAAAAUCCCUCCGUAA